UAGAGGGGCGCUGCAUCUCUCCAAACUGUGGGAUAAUCCCAAUUGUCCCUCCCUUUCCUCUGCCCCAUCCACUGAGAACACGAAGCAGCGGAUAUCAGGAACAUUGUGUCGUGCUCGCUGAACAGCGGAGAUUUUUCUUAAUGCGCGGUGCUUUAUAGCAGCAUCACUCCAUUUGCAUGUGUUCCGUUAUGCGUGCAUGCAGAUAUGGCUCGGCAAACAGUCUUUUCGACUUAUGUACUCAGAAAUGUGCCCAUCAGGACAGCUGUCAUAGUCAUAGCCAUGCUUAUCUUCUUCAAAUAUGUGUUCACUUGCCCUUGCACAACUCCCGAGGAAACUCUCAUGCACUGCUGGCUCUACCUGUGCCUGCCAAUAGGCAUCUUGUUCUUCAUUCUGAUCCUCAUCGACGCUCGGCUCCUGAAGAUGUGCAGAUGUUACGUCUGCAGAUGUUGCGUGAGCGGCCAAAGCAGAUGCUGUAAGAGCGAGUGCUGCGAUACUUUUGAAUGCUGCUGUUGUGCUGGUGGGUACUGCUAUCACCCGGAGCGUUGUGGACAGGAAGGCUGGUAUUACUGUGGCAUCAUAUGGAAACACCUGCUCAAUGUCUUUUAUGCGGCAUCGCUGUGGAUCGUCGUUGCAUUUAUUGACGGGGAUUGGUACGUUUGCGUGCGGACCGUGAAUGUGAACGGGACCGCGGAGCAAAUUGCGUGCAAGGAUCUACCAACUCCACGAGAAGCAGAGACUCUAAGAAAAUAUGAUAGUGAAUCACGGGUAAUUGGCCUAAUUCUUAUUCUUGGCCUUUCAUUUUUGUUGACGUUAAGCUCCUCACUCAUGACCCGAUGGAAGCCGUAUUAUAAAUCACUCUAUGAGGUUUAUGUGGAGCGGGAGACUUCAGCCAUUCUGGAGGACAAACUACAUGAAAAAGCUGUGGAGAGAGCCAAGCAUGUCAGCGAGCAUUCACUGGGGAACAUUCAAAAUCCACACACGGACAUGACUCAGAGUGAUGCUCGACAUGUUCAGUAUCAACAGUUAGGGAACCCUGAAGAAGACAUGUGGCACAAAAUAUCAGACCCAACCCUACAUUUAACAGAGCUAGCAUAGGCAAUGUAAACUUUCUGCCUGCUACAGUAUCUGCAUCUUGCCAAAGGAAUAGUGUACCACUUUUUUCACAUUAUUUACAUAUUCUAAUGCAGUCUUAUUUAUUGUGGUUUAUUUUCUGUAUAAUACUGAGAUAGAUACUGUUACAAUAUUGCAUUCAAUAUAGAACAAAUAAAGAGAUGUUUAUAAUGUUGCAAAUAUUUCUAUUUUAAAUGCUGUAAGUACUGAGGUUUUGAACUUUCAUCAAAGAAUCCUUAACAAAAUGUACCACGGUUUCCACAAAAAUAUAAAGCACCACAACAGUUUUCAACAUUGAGGAUAAUAAGAAAUGUUUCUCGAGCAUCACAUUAGCAUACAAUAAUGAUUUUUUUAAGGAUCAUGUGACACUGAAGACUGGAAUAAUGCUGCUGAAAAUUCAGCUUUAUAUAACUGUUUUUUUUUUUUAUUGUAUGUUUGAUCAAAUAAAUGUAGCUGUGUGUUGUUACAAUAGGAAUUUUAGAUCCAAUGUAUGCACUAAAAGCUUUACAACUUACAAAAAUAAAUUUUCUAUCCAAAAAAUAAA